AUGGACGAUGAUAAAGUUUAUCUAGCCAAACUAGCAAGUGCGUCACAAUGCUAUGGUCUCCCGUAUGGUUACUUUGGAUUAAUCUGCUGGGGUCUGUCAAUCGUGACCAUAUCGCUAACAUUCGCAAAUAUUAGCCUCCUGACAUUGUGGAAAUGUUGCCAGCCUAGUUACAAGUCAUUGCAACUGUAUCUAGCUCUCCCCAUAACCGCCUUGAUGGUAGGACCAACGGUCUAUACAUGCUUGCGUUGUUCUGCAGAGUGGCCAGUGGUAUUUCUUGCAAUCGGACAGCUUGCUCCUUGGAGUUUCAAAAUGUUAAAUGACGGCUUUCAGAGCUAUAAGAAAUCACCAACGAAGAAGACGAGAGACAAGUUUUAUUUAAUCAUAGGGUCAUUUACAACUCCUGUAUUGACAAUUUUGGGAUGGGUGGGUUUCAGCACGUUGAGUUUCUACGUACGUGAGCAUUGGAUGUGGGUGAUAUUUGUAGGAGGGUUGGUUGUGCCACCGUUAGUAAUUGGGGUGAUUUGGAUGUCAUGCGGAGGGGAAUUAGAAUCGGCUACUUUCUGUAGAAUGGUGCUGACGAUCAUGCUAUUCAUUGUGGCGAGCUUUCAUAUAGUUGGCUCGGAUAUAUUGCUCGCUAGACUUACGAACAAUUGGAGUGGGCUUGCAUCUACAGGAGCUGGAUUAACAUCAUCCAUUAUUUUUUUCGUAGCAAAGCGUAUAGUGUUUCUUGUUGCUACAUAA